AAUAAUUAGCGAAACAGAUCAAAUCAGAAAGUGCACGUCACUGACGGCGACGCAAACGCUAAAAUCCCAACACAACCCACCGGAAGUUUCCUUCCUAUCCCUGAUAAUCCCUCUCUCUCUCUCUCUCUCCCUUUCAAUUUUCACCUCGACAAGCUGCCUUGCAUCGACGUUGGGGUUUUUGGAAGAGGAGCCUCCGCCGGUUCUUCUUCAUAUUCCAAAUUCUCAUUCAUCUUCCUCUGCUGAUCGCUUAAAUCUGUAUUUUCAAAAUGUACGGAUUCGAGGCGCUAACUUUCAACAUUCACGGAGGCUAUCUUGAGGCAAUCGUCAGGGGACACAGAUCAGGCCUUCUCACUGCCGCCGAUUAUAACAAUUUAUGCCAAUGUGAAACCCUUGACGAUAUCAAGAUGCAUCUCUCUGCUACCGAGUACGGUCCUUACCUUCAAAACGAGCCUUCUCCAUUGCAUACCACUACAAUUGUGGAGAAAUGCACGCUUAAACUUGUAGAUGAGUACAAGCACAUGUUAUGUCAAGCAACAGAGCCAUUGUCCACCUUCCUAGAGUAUUGCACAUAUGGUCACAUGAUCGACAAUGUUGUCUUGAUAGUCACUGGAACAUUGCAUGAGAGGGAUGUUCAAGAGCUACUAGAGAAAUGCCACCCUUUAGGCAUGUUUGACAGCAUUGCCACCCUUGCUGUUGCUCAGAAUAUGCGAGAGCUUUAUAGAUUGGUGCUUGUUGACACACCAUUGGCUCCAUACUUCUCAGAAUGCAUCACUUCAGAGGACUUGGAUGACAUGAAUAUCGAAAUUAUGAGGAAUACUCUUUACAAGGCAUACCUUGAGGACUUCUAUAGGUUUUGUCAGAAACUUGGUGGUGCCACAGCUGAGAUAAUGACUGAUCUCCUUGCCUUUGAAGCCGAUAGAAGAGCUGUUAAUAUCACCAUAAAUAGCAUUGGUACAGAGCUCACCCGGGAUGAUCGUAGAAAAUUGUACUCUAAUUUUGGCUUACUUUACCCCUAUGGGCAUGAAGAACUUGCUGUCUGUGAGGAUUUAGAUCAGGUUCGUGCUGUGAUGGAAAAAUAUCCUCCUUACCAGUCUAUCUUUUCUAAAUUGUCCUAUGGCGAGAGCCAGCUGCUUGACAAGGCAUUUUAUGAAGAGGAGGUGAAAAGGCUUUGCUUAGCUUUUGAGCAACAGUUCCAUUAUGCUGUCUUCUUUGCAUACAUAAGGUUGAGGGAGCAGGAGAUUCGGAAUCUGAUGUGGGUAUCAGAAUGCGUGGCUCAGAACCAGAAAUCCAGAGUCCACGACAGUGUUGUCUUUAUAUUUUAGCUGCUUUGCAAGCCAUUGGAAAUAAUCACCUGUCCUUUGCUUAAUCUGCUGUAAAUUGCUCUACCAUAGAGAAUCUGUUGAUUACUCAAGUUGUGGAGAUUGCCCAGCUUCACCAGUUCCAGGAUCUGUGUGUUGAAAAUAAAGUUUUUAAAUAUUUUUUAAUAUGUUGCUUGCAGGGAUAAGGCUUGUAUCAAAUUUCAUCGGAUAAAUUAUUGUUGGGGAAGAGGAAUGACCUUGCUUGUUGGUAUCAUCUUGUUUCCUGCAAUAGAAAUAGUGCCAAGCUUUGAUGCUUGCAAUGCCAUUGUUGGCCAAGAUGGCUUGCUUUGUUUUUUUCUUUUUUUUUUUUAAAUGUUAUUUAUUUAUUUAUUUAGUUUUUGUCAUUAAACUGGCAUAAAGCCAAGAACAAGGCCAAGAUGGUCUGUGGGGUUGUAUUGAAAGUUUACAUCAUGAAUUGCCUUUGCAGCUAAGCAUGGGCAGCUUUGUCUAAUAUGAAUAAAGGAGACAAAUUUAAAAUAA